AUGUAUAAGAAUAUGAUAUGGUCACUAAUUUUAGUUUUGGCAUUACUACUGAAGGCGAAUUCGGAGGCAUUGUUCGACAUCAGAUGCUACGGAGCGGAGCCAGAUGCAGACAUUAGUGAGGCAUUGACGGAAGCAUGGAAAGACGCAAUGGCAUCAACAACGGCAAGCGUCAUCUUGAUCCCAGAAGGGGAUUGGACAUUGAGCCAGGCCCUCAUGGAGGGGCCGAACAAAGCCCCGGUCAACCUUGUGGUGAGUGGCACCCUGAAAGCUUACCGGGACCCGGCCCAACUCCCUGUGAAGAGCCGAGAUUGGGUGACCAUCAACCACGUGGACUUCUUGACCAUCUCUGGGGGCGGUGUGCUCGACGGGCAGGGCCAGGAAGCUUGGAAAACAAACGACUGCAACAAAAACAAGAACUGCGCGAAGCUCCCCAUCAACCUGAGCUUGAACUUCAUCAACAACUCCAUCAUCGAGGACAUCACCACAAAGGAUAGCAAGAACUUCCACGUCAACUGCAUCUCCAGCCGCAACGUCACCUUCAAGCGCUUCACAAUCAACGCCCCUGAUGAAAGCCCUAACACCGACGGUAUCCACAUUGCCCAAAGCAACCGCAUCAAGGUCAUUGAUUCCAUCAUCAAGACGGGAGACGACUGCAUCUCCAUGGGGGAUGACCUCACCGAUGUCCUCAUCAAGAACGUGCAAUGUGGGCCCGGCCACGGCAUCAGCAUUGGAAGUUUGGGAAAGAGCGUGGAGGAGAAGUAUGUCAAAGGGAUAAUCGUGCAGGGGUGUACCUUCACCAACACCCAGAACGGGAUCAGGAUCAAGACAUGGCCAUCCGCCCCGGCCACACUCACCAUCUCAGACCUCCACUUCAUCAACCUCACCAUGGUCAAUGCCGGAAACCCCAUUGUCUUUGAUCAGAAGUACUGCCCAUGGAACCAAUGUGACUUGAAUAAGCCAUCCCUGAUCAAGAUCAGAGAUGUCGUGAUCAAUAACAUUAGGGGCACCAGCGCCACCUCGGAUGUCAUCAGCUUCAUCUGCAGCAAAGCCAAGCCUUGCGACAAUGUUAGGAUAGGAUACAUUGAUCUCAAACACAACGGAGAAAAGGCCACCACCAUAUGUGAAAACAUUAAGCCCAUUUUCUCCGCCACGCAGAGUCCCCGCGUAUGCUAG